UAGAAAUGAACCAAGGUUAUUUUCUAGUGAUGGGUGUUGUAAAAUAAUUCUGAUAAAAUGACAAUUGUUAUUUUCUAGAAAGAGGAAAUGGAAAAUUAAGAUAUAUGAGAGAGAAAUGCAUCCCUCAACUAAAUGGUAGCUCCAAUUGUAAGGAGGAGGAAAUGGGAAUGGAGAAAGCAUGAGAAAAGCAAGAAGGAAAGUCGAAGAAAAAUAAAGAGGAAAUGGUAAAGGAAAAGGAAGAUUAAGAUAUAUGGGAGAGAGAAGUAUAUAUGCGAGGAGUGAAGGAAAAGAGGAGAGAAAGAAAGUGACUUCAGCUAGGAGAUGAGAAAAAUAAAAGAGAAGAAAGAAGAUGGGAGAAAAUGAUGAAGGGAAGGUUGAAGACUUCAUAUGAAUUUUGAGUCCUCUGAGGAAGGAAAACUAGGAUUUAAUAUUAUGUGAAAAUUAUACAUGUGAAUUUCAAUACAAUACUUACAUCUAACCUAAAAUUAAUUAAUAAUAAGUAAAAUAGCUCUCAUUAUAUUUAAGUCACACAUGUUUCUUAUCAUACUUCAAUGUAAAAUUUUACCGCUUAAGAUUGUUGAAGCAAAGAUAAAUUCAUCAUCUUUCUUCUAAUUUUCCACCCAUUUCAGCAAUCCUUCACCCUCUGCCUUCCUCACCUCCUCCCCAACAAUUAAAAAUAGAAAAGGGGAUGGAUGAUCAACUUGUCGAAGCCCUUCUCUACCAAAAAUUCCUCCAAAAUAAACUAACCACAUCUAUACUAAGUGUAGUUGCAAGAAAACUCUAGAGUACUUCUGGAUCCGAUUCGCUUACUUCGGUAGACCUGCAAAGCCCCGAGGUGGGUCCUCGGGGUACACUCCAAUGCCUAAAUCAGCAAUAAUCAGAGCUACCAAAUAUGAAUCAAGAGCUCAGCUUGAGUUCAAUUUCCAUUACUUUUGGGGAGGACCCUUGGGGGGUAUUUAUAGCCUUCAAAGGGGGCAUCCACGCGUUGUUUUUCACGAGAAUCAAAAUUAUAUGUGUCGAUAAUCCCAUAAGGUUUCCUUAUAGUAUCCCUGCAUGUACGAAGCUACUGUAAAGUAGGAUCAUGGGGGAUGAACUCGAGCUCGGCCGAGCUCAAUGUUUCCUGUUGUCAAAGUGACUAGGUUGGAAGUAGGUUUGGACGCACGAGGUUCUCGACCUCGGGCUAUGUGAGAUUGGACUGUGACCUCGAACUACUACGGGCUGUGUGAGGUCGGACUGUGACCUCGGACUACUACCACUACACUAUCCCCCCCGCCCAAAGUCAUUCACUUGUUAAUUAUAAAAAGGGUUGUGUCACACCCCAAACCCUAGAGCGAGACAGACGCCGUGCACUCGUGAACAGGGCCCACAAAUGCACAAGGCUCGGAACCUACUGAGUUCUUACUUAGCAAUUCAGACAAUUGAAAUCUAAACCUUUUUAUUUACCAAAUAUUUACCAAUCAAGAUGUACAAAAUUUAUAACUUCAUAUAUACGAUCAUGACUAAAACUAAGGAAGCUCUGUACAUAAAUUUUCUAUGUCAAGCAUGGGUGACUAGUGGCCUAGCUACAAAAUCUAAGUCCAAAAUAAUGCCUAGUUGCCUAGUUCAUCACUCUCUCGGGCUCCCCAUGUGUCGGCUCUCACUACCUGAAAUGGUGGACAAGGAAAAACUAUGAGAUAAACUCAGU